CUGAAUCGUUAUAGAGAUUCAAGUCUUUUUUUUUUUUUUUUCUCUUUUAAUUUUUCAACGAAAUUCCUCUCCCACUCAUGGAAAUCGACUCUUCCGAUCCUACCACCGUACCACAAAACGGAACCAAACCGCACGAUGAUCAGGAAGGAGGAGAUUUUUCAGAGGUCGAGAUCGAGAAGAAAGAAGAAAAUGUCCAGGAUUCAAACCCAACCACCACAACACGGGCUUCACAAGGUAACUCCGAAGCCGAAGAAAACACCAACGAAACAAAGGAGGCAAACGGAACCGUUGAACCAAAAAUUAACGGCCAUAUACCAAACAUCAAGUCUCAAGUUCAGCUCCCACAGCCUCAACCACCGCAACCUAGAGUAGAGCGAUUGCAGUCGACCUUGUCUAUGACCGAUAGCUUUCCAGCGAUCGGAAAAUUCAUCAGAGAAAGAAGUAGCAGCUUCUCCGCGGCGAUCACGAAGCGAUUAGCGUCGUUGAGAGAAGACAGUACUGGCUACGGUGACUUUAUCGUAAAGAACGAUUCGGUGAAUUUCGAGGUUACAGAAUUCAAAAUUCCAGGGGUCAAGGUGAUAGUGAAGCUCAAGAGCGAAGAAGAAAAGGAAUAUCAGAAAGGAAUAAUAAGUUUUUUCUCGAGAUCAAACAGUAGGGAUUGCACGGCUGCCCGUUCGUUCUUCCGUCAGAAAGGGUUGAAUUUCGUGGAGAUCAACAUCGACGUGUAUCCGAAGAGAGAAAAGGAGUUAUUAGAGAGGACGGGAAGCUCUGAAGUGCCUCAGAUCUUCAUCAACGACAAGCUGUUUGGAGGAUUGGUGGCGCUGAAUUCGUUGAGGAACAGCGGAGAAUUCGAUAAGAGAUUGAGAGAGAUAAUGGGGGAUAAUUGUCAGAGCAAUGGACCGGCACCACCGGAGUAUGGGAUUAACGACGACGAGGAGGAAUCGGAGGAUGAAUGGGCCGGAAUUGCGAGGAUUUUGAGGGAAAAUUUGCCUGUUCAGGAUCGGCUUCUGAAGAUGAAGCUGGUGAAGAAUUGUUUCGCUGGAAGUGACUUGGUGGAGGCCAUCAUUCAACAUAUGGACUGUGGGCGGAAAAAGGCCAUUGCUACAGCUAAGAUGCUGGCGAAGAAGCACUUCAUCCAUCAUGUCUUUCGAGAAAACGAGUUUGAAGAAACAAAACAAGAACAUUUCUACCGCUUCCUUGAGCAUGAACCAUUUAUUCUAGGAUGCUUCAAUUUCAAAAGCUCUAUAAACGACAGUGAGCCAAAGUCCGUUGCCUUGGUUAGCGAUAAGCUCAUGAAGCUAAUGUCUGCUAUAUUAGAGACUUACGCUUCUGAGGACCGCUGCCAUCUCGAUUAUUCUGGCAUCAGCAGAAGUGAAGAAUUCCGAAGAUAUGUAAACCUGGCCCGAGAUCUUCAGAGGGUGAAUCUCCAAUUACUCUCACCAGAAGAGACGCUUGCCUUCUUCCUUAAUUUGUACAAUGCCAUGGUCAUCCAUGCUGUAAUUAGCAUUGGACAUCCCGAAGGAAUACUAGAUAAGAGAGCAUUUUUCUAUGAUUUUCAAUACGUAGUUGGGGGAUAUCCUUACUCUCUCAGCGAUAUACAGAAUGGAAUCCUCAGACACAACCAAAGAUCCACCUACUCUUUGGUCAAGCCCUUUGCAAAUGGAGACAAGCGCUUAGAGCUCAUGCUUCCCAAAUUUAAUCCCCUAAUUCAUUUUGGACUUUGCAACGGUACAAGAUCAAGCCCAACGGUGAGGUUUUUCACGCCUCAUGGAAUCGAAUCCGAACUAAAAUAUGCAACCCGUGAGUUCUUUCAAAGAGGCGGAAUAGAGGUUGAUUUGGACAAGAGAACGGUUUAUCUUACUCGGAUCAUCAAAUGGUACAUGGUCGACUUCGGGCAGGAGAAAGACAUUUUGAAAUGGGUGCUCAACUACUUAGAUGCAACAAAAUCAGGUCUUUUGACACAUCUUUUAGGUGAUGGAAGUUCCGUUAAUAUUUUAUACCAGAAAUAUGAUUGGUCCGGUAAUUGCUGAACAGGAAACACAACUUUGUACAUUAGUCCUCAAAAUUUUUGAAGAAAGCUAAGCUAGCUUUCUAAAUCCGCUAUAUACUUCAUAGAAAUUAAUUAUACAUUAAAUUCUUUAUAAUUAU